GCAUCGAAUGCGCAUCCGCUGCAGUUCCGAUAAGAGGUGAAUCAGCCGUACGCCGAGCUGGGUGUCUCCAUUCGCGCUGAUCCUGUGUUAUUGAACAGGUCAUUCAUAUAGUCGAUCCUAAACAUGCACUCAGCGGAUUUUCAUUGAAACGGAUGUUGUUAAACAUCGGCGAUCAACAUUAGCUGUCAGUAAUAAUCGUGUCGCGGUCGUGGAAAGUCGUGCCGUUUGCAUCCGUAACUCUUCACCCGACUCCGUCCUGGCGUUCUGUAAGCAAGACAAUCGCGAGCUCACUUGUGGACAAUUAGUGAAAAAACCUAAACAUUAACCAGGAAACUACGCUAUCUCAGUUGCUGUUCAAAUAAUAUUUGCUUUAGUUUUCGAGUUUUUACCUAAAUUGUAGUGAAUUAGCCCACAAGUUUAGCGACAGUAAUAGUGCAGUGAUACCCGCGCACAAAAUUUUGAAGGAUAGACACAAUACUUUGGGCUGUUAUGCCACCUGAUUGUGAAUGAUGUGAUUUUAUCGUCGUUAUCGGUAACGCCGGUGACCAUUUCGUACAGUUGUUGAUAACUGUCGAGGGAGACGCGCGUGUUGGAAGAUGCCAGUGCUUGGUUACGACAUUAUGGCAUCGCAGGACCUGUGCAUGAUGGGCUACAACACCCCAUCAGAUUACGUUCUGCCGCCCGAGUGGGACAAAGCUCCAGAGCACGAUUACCCUGGGUACUGCAGGAACAAUACGGAACAUAGCAAACACGUCUCAAUGAAGUACAGCGAAGACAGCGACAUUCAGCUAGAGACAAGCAGCAGUGAGGCGAGUGCGGCGAGUUCCACGCCUCUGUCGCAGCACUGCGCGAUAUGUGGCGACCGCGCCACCGGCAAGCACUACGGCGCGUCCUCGUGCGAUGGCUGCAAGGGCUUCUUCAGGAGGAGCGUCAGAAAGAACCAUCUGUACACUUGCAGAUUCAGCAGAAAUUGUGUGGUGGAUAAAGACAAAAGAAAUCAAUGUAGAUACUGUAGAUUAAGAAAGUGUUUUAAAGCCGGCAUGAAGAAAGAAGCCGUGCAGAACGAACGAGAUCGCAUCAACUGCCGGAGGCCUUCGUACGAGGAGCCGACGCAGGCCAACGGACUGUCCGUCGUGUCUUUGCUUAACGCUGAGCUUCUCAGCAGGAAGGUCAUUGAUGAGACUAUCAACGUAUCAGACGCGGAAAUCAGCAACAGGAAGCUGGCGAAGAUCAACGACGUGUGCGAUUCCAUCAAGCAGCAGCUACUGAUCCUGGUCGAGUGGGCUAAAUACAUACCCGCCUUCACGGAACUACACCUGGACGAUCAGGUGGCGUUGUUACGCGCUCACGCGGGCGAACAUUUACUACUGGGCUGCGCUCGCCGCUCGCUGCAUCUGAGAGACGUGCUGCUGCUCAGCAACAAUUGCAUCAUCGCCAAACACAACAUCGACGGGCGCAUGGACAUAGACAUCAGCAUGAUCGGCAUGCGGGUCAUGGACGAGAUAGUGAAGCCUCUAAGAGAGAUCGAUAUUGACGACACAGAGUUCGCCUGCCUCAAGGCCAUCAUAUUCUUCGACCCCAAUGCCAAAGGCCUCUCCCAGCCACAGAAGAUAAAGCAACUACGCUACCAGGUCCAGAUUAAUUUAGAAGAUUACAUCAGCGAUCGUCAGUACGACGGUCGCGGCAGAUUCGGAGAAUUAUUACUCUGUCUGCCGCCGCUUCAAAGUAUCACGUGGCAAAUGAUUGAGCAAAUACAGUUUGCCAAACUGUUUGGGGUCGCGCACGUCGAUAGUUUACUGCAGGAGAUGUUGUUAGGAGGUGCGACUACAGAUAUCCUAGAAGGCGGCACAGGGGCGGGUACCGAAGGGGGGGCGGGCUCAGGGUCAGGGGCGGCAGAAUCUGGAGCUUCAUCACCUCCCCUCGUUCCCGUAGUGCCGUUACCCGAAGCCAACUAUAUGGAUUCCACGCCCUUCAAGCAGGAACCUAACAUGAGUCCAGAACAAUCUUCGCCAAUGGCUACUGGAGACAUUAUGUUAUUGUAGUAUGAUGGACAGAUGACAGAUAAUGUAGAUUACAUCAGAACACAUCAAACUUUAUGCACAAGUUAGUAGGAGUCCUAUGUCAAUAAGAUGUUAUUUCGAGUCAUUAAAUUCUAAAAAUGUUUUACACUGAUAAUAUUGCAUGUGAUUAUCUAAGGUCGCAUUAAUUUGGUGUCUGAUUUUUUUAUUAAAUAAUAUUGUUAUACAUACAUGUAGGUGUAGGUAUCAUUUUGCCAAUUUUUCUAUUAACAUUAAAAUUUAUAAUUAUACUGUAACAUAAAUGAGCUGUUUAAAUGAAAUUGAUUAAUUAGGCUGUGUAACAUAAAAAUGAUUUUGGAGAAAUGUACUACUCGUUAAGUCGUCCAAAUGUUUAAAAUCUUUAUAUUUAUAAAAGAAAAAUUAAUUAUUGUGGCCAGUCUUAAACUAAUUACCUACUAUUUUAAAGACUCCGAUUAUAUAUAGGUUUCUUUGUGUUACCAAGCAAAAGUAGGGGAUGGAUUUGAUACGUUAUAAAUUUACUUAAGGCAUUUUUAGGAUGGAUUUUGUAUUGUUACCUACUAGUGAAACUGUUAUAUAUACGAAUAGUAGACUGUAUCUACAUAUUGUAGAAUUAUUGUUUUAAGUAGAUUAUAUUAUUGUACUAUGAAUGUUAGAAGCCAUGUUAUGAACAUAAGGAAAUGCUCAAUGCCCUUGCCAAAUGUUUGGUAUUGUUAUAAAUGUAAUACAUAAUCAGGUGAAAGUUUUUUACCAUAUUGGGAAAAGUGUGUUUAAUAUUGGUUAUGAGAUGUAUGUUUCAAGUUAAAUAUUUAAUGAAAUUUAAUAUUAAGUGCCUUAUACCCUACACGCAGUAGGUUGGUGUAUUGUUGUUGAAUGUACAUAGUAUGUUGCGAUUUGUAGAAAAUAUAUAUUUUAAUAAAUAAUCUGUUACCAGA